AUGGACAUGAUAGCACGCACGGUACAACUGUUACUAAACAACGAUGCUGAUAUCGAUUUAUGUGAGAAGAAUGGAACCAGUCCUCUUCAUAUAGCUUGUCUAAAUGGACAUGAUAGCACGGUACAACUGUUACUAAACAACGAUGCUGAUAUCAAUUUAUGUGAUAAUUUUGGAGUCGGACCACUGUGGAGAGCUUGUCAAAAUGGACAUAGUAGCACAGUUCAAUUGUUACUUAACAACGGUGUUGAUAUCAAUUUACGGAAUAAUGAUGGAAUCAAUCCUCUCUGCAUUGCUUGUCAAAAUGGACAAGGCAGCAUAGUACAACUAUUACUAGAAAAAGGAGCCAACAUUAAUGUGUGUUAUAAUGAUGCAUUUAGUCCCCUUUAUAUUGCUUGCUUUAAUGGGUGGAAUACCACGGCACAACUGUUACUGAACAAUGCUGCCGACAUCGAUUUAUGUAACAAGGAUGGGUUCAGUCCUCUUUAUAUAGCUUCUUAUAAUGGACAUGAUAGCACAGUACACCUGUUACUGAACAACGGUGCUGACAUCAAUUUAUGUAACAAGAAUGGAGUCAGUCCUCUUUAUAUAGCUUGUCAAAAUGGACAUGAUAGCAUAGUACAACUGUUACUGAACAACGGUGCCGACAUUAAUUUAUGUAAUAAUGAUGGAUUCAGUCCCCUUUCUGUAGCAUGUGAAAAUAGACAUGAUAGCACUGUACAAAUGUUACUAAACAACGGUGCCGACAUCAAUUUAUUCAACAAGGAUGCAGUCAGUCCUCUUUAUGUGGCUUGUCAAUAUGGACAUGAUAGCAUAAUACAACUGAUUCUGAACAACGGUGCCGACAUUAAUUUAUGUAAUAAUGAUGGAUUCAGUCCCCUUUCUGUAGCAUGUGGAAAUGGACAUGACAGAACGGUACAACUGUUACUGAACAACGGUGCCGACAUCAAUUUAUGUAACAAGAAUGGAGCCAGUCCUCUUUAUAUAGCUUGUUAUAAAGGACAUGAUAGCACGGUACAACUAUUACUGAACAACGGUGCCGAUAUCAAUUUAUGUAAGAAGAAUGGAGCCAGUCCUCUUUAUAUAGCUUGUUAUAAUGGACAUGAUAGCACUGUACAACUAUUACUGAACAACGGUGCAGACAUCAAUUUAUGUCAUAAUGAUGGAUUCAGUCCUCUUUAUUUAGCCUGUGAAAAUGGACAUAAUAGCACUGUACAACUAUUACUGAACAACAGUGCAGACAUCAAUUUAUGUAACAAGAAUGGAGCCAGUCCUCUUUAUAUUGCUUCUUAUAAUGGACAUGAUAGCACUGUACAACUAUUACUGAACAACGGUGCAGACAUCAAUUUAUGUAACAAGAAUGGAGCCAGUUCUCUUUAUAUUGCUUCUUAUAAUGGACAUAAUAGCACUGUACAACUAUUACUGAACAACGGUGCAGACAUCAAUUUAUGUAAUAAUAAUGGAUUAAGUCCUCUUUAUUCAGCCUGUGAAAAUGGACAUAAUAGCACUGUACAACUAUUACUGAACAACAGUGCAGACAUCAAUUUAUGUACUAAUAAUGGAUUCAGUCCUCUUUAUUUAGCCUGUGAAAAUGGACAUAAAAGCACUGUACAACUAUUACUGAACAACGGUGCAGACAUCAAUUUAUGUGAUGAUGAUGGAUUCAGUCCUCUUUAUUCAGCCUGUGUAAAUAAACAUGAUAGCACUGUACAGCUGUUACUGAACAACGGUGCAGACAUCAAUUUAUGUAACAAGUAUAGAGCCAGUCCUCUUUAUAUUGCUUGUUAUAAUGGACAUGAUAGCACAGUACAGCUUUUACUCAACAACGGUGCAGACAUCAAUUUAUGUGAUAAUGAUGGAUUCAGUCCUCUUUAUUCAGCCUGUGAAAAUGGACAUGAUAGCAUUGUACAGCUGUUACUGAACAACGGUGCCGACAUCAAUUUAUAUAACAAGAAUAGAGCCAGUCCUCUUUAUAUUGCUUGUUAUAAUGGACAUGAUAGCACAGUACAGCUUUUACUCAACAACGGUGCAGACAUCAAUUUAUGUGAUAAUGAUGGAUUCAGUCCUCUUUAUGUAGCCUGUGUAAAUGGACAUAAAAGCACUGUACAACUGGUACUGAACAACGGUGCAGACAUCAAUUUAUGUAAUAAUGAUGGAUUCAGUCCUCUUCAUAUAGCCUGUCAAAAUAGACAUGAUAGCACUAUACAGCUGUUACUGAACAACGGUGCCGACAUCAAUUCAUGUAACAAGAAUAGAGUCAGUCCUCUUUAUAUUGCUUGUCAUAAUGGACAUUAUUGCACAGUACAGCUAUUACUGAACAACAGUGCAGACAUCAAUUUAUGUGAUAAUGAUGGAUUCAGUCCUCUUUAUUCAGCCUGUGAAAAUGGACAUGAUAGCAUUGUACAGCUCACAGUACAGCUUUUACUCAACAACGGUGCAGACAUCAAUUUGUGUCAUAAUGAUGGAUUCAGUCCUCUUUAUGUAGCCUGUGAAAAUGGACAUGAUAGCACUGUACAACUGGUACUGAACAACGGUGCAGACAUCAAUUUAUGUAAUAAUGAUGGAUUCAGUCCUCUUCAUAUAGCCUGUCAAAAUAGACAUGAUAACACGGUACAACUGUUACUAAACAACGGUACCGACAUCAAUUUAUGUAACAAGAAUAGAGCCAGUGCUCUCUCUAUUGCUUGUUAUAAUGGACAUGAUAGCACAGUACAGCUUUUACUGAACAACGGUGCAGACAUCAAUUUAUGUCAUAAUGAUGGAUUCAGUCCUCUUUAUUUAGCCUGUGAAAAUGGACAUGAUAGAACGGUACAACUGUUACUGGACAACGGUGCCGACAUCAAUUUAUGUGAUACUGAUGGAGCCAGUCCUCUUUGUAUAGCUUGUUUUGAUGGACAUGAUAGCACGGUUCAAUUGUUACUGAACAACGGUGCCGACAUCAAUUUACGAGAUAAUGAAGGAGACAGUCCUUUAUAUAUAGCUUGUCAAAUUGGACAUGAUAGCACGGUACAACUGUUACUGAACAACGGUGCCGACGUUAAUUUAUGUACGAAGAAUGGUCAUCUUCAUGUAGCUUAUCCAACUGGACAUGAUAGCACGGCGCAACUAUUACCGAACAACGGUGCUGACAUCAAUACAUGUGAGAAGAAUGGAACCAGUCCCCUUUAA